AUGUCUACCACAACACCCGAAGCAAUCUCUUUGACGCCGAGCGAGUCGGCAGCCCUCUCGGCCGCCUUUCCGAGCGCAACAGGCAGUAUAACCUUCUCCGAUCUGGCACAAUAUGGCAACAUGUCUAGCAAGCAAUUCGAUCUAGCGGCUUAUUCGCUGAACUAUUCUCAAACAGGCUGUUACAGACCUGGCGCGCUUCCGGUUGCAUUGGCGCAGAACGACACCUGCUCGCUUGGGUUCCAUUGCCCGGCAUCCAGCGAUCAAAAUCCACCACAAUACUGCCACCCCUACGAAAUCUGCCAAGUCAUCCGAGCUACUAAGGGUACUUGCAACCCGCAGGGUGUCUACGAGCCCAAAAUCUGCGCUAACGGCCACUACUGUCCACCCGGCGGUAAGCAAGAGCUCCCAUGUCCCAAGGGCACAUACUGCCCCAGCGGCUCCUACAAGCCGCGCGACUGCGACUUCGGAGCGAUCUGCCCCGCGGUCAGUGUCAGGCAGGUGGUGACUGUGCCGGUGGGUGUCAUGGUUGCGAUCGACUUCGCGCUCGCGAUUAUCGUCGCGAUUGGCUUUGCGAUUUCGAAGUGGAGGAAGAGUAAGCCGAAGAAGUAUACGACGCUGGAUACGGGCGAUGCCGAUAAGGACGACAUCGAGCUGUUAGCUGCUCAGGGAGGGUUAGGUAGGACGCCCUCUCCGCGGCUGUCGGUGUCUACGCCUCAGCCGACGCCUCCGUUACCGCGCCCGACGUCGACGCACACACGGCGGGCGAGUGGGAGAGUGGAUCAUAUGGAUGGCAAUAUUUCCGACGAUGAGCUGGACGAGGAUGACACUCUUUUCGAAGACGACUUGCACAAUUCGCCGGACAUGCAGCGCUUCAUCCGGAGCAUGUCGCGGACGAUCGAGACACAAACGAUCGGUCUCAGCUUCGAUUUCGAAGGCCUAAGUUUCCAGACGAAGAGCGGCAAGAAGAUCCUCCAAGAUGUGACGGGCACCAUGCCACGAGGCUCUUGUUGGGGUGUGAUGGGAGGCUCGGGAGCUGGCAAGAGUACGUUCCUGAACGUGCUCAUGGGUAAGGUGCACGCGACGGGCGGCACUAUCAAGAUCAACGGCUGGACCAAGGACAUGAGCAAGUACAAAAAGUUGAUCGGAUACGUGCCGCAGGACGAUAUCGUGUUUCCGGAGCUUACCGUGCGGGAGAACAUCCUGCAUUCUGCACGAGUCCGGUUACCUGCGAGCUGGCGGGACAAGGCGAUACAGGAUCAUGUUGACUCUUUGAUUGCGUGUUUGCAACUCACGCAUGUGCAGCACUCGCGGGUUGGAGAUGCGACGAGGCCUGUCAUCUCGGGUGGGCAGAGGAAGAGAGUCAACAUUGGCAUGGAGUUGGCCAGUGGACCGAUGGCCAUCUUUCUGGACGAACCUACUUCUGGUCUGGAUGCCACAAGUGCGGCCACCAUUAUGCGGUUGUUGCGAGCGAUCAGCAGGCUGGGCGUGACCACCAUCGCGAUCAUCCAUCAGCCUCGUGAGCAGAUCUUCUACGGCUUCGAUUCACUGCUCCUGCUCUCUCAAGGUCGGAGUGUCUACAGUGGGCCGACAGAUGACGUGCAAGGCUAUUUCGAGGGUCUAGGCUUUGCCUUUCCACAGCGAGCCAACCCGGCAGAUACCCUGAUCGACAUCAUCACGGGCGAUGGUGCACAGUACACUUUGGGUGCUGGGAAGCGUGAGACGGAUGUGAAGACGCUGAUUGAAGAGUGGAGGAGUCGAGGGCAGUACGGCUCACAUUCUAGGCACUUAUCUGUGGGCCUCGACGGGCACCAAGCGAGACGCAACCGGCGAACGAGCAAUCAAAGCAUCAACAGCACAGUCGAGCAGGAAGAAUCACUUCGCAGGACAAUGAAGAACCGCGGCGCGACAUGGCCGGCGCAAGCCUUCUACUGCUGGAAGCGCGCCAUGACGCAGCAAGUCCGCAACGCGACGUCCUUCUUCUUCGAGAUCGGCGUUGGCGGGCUCGCAGGUUUGAUCAUCGGCCUUUCCGCCUUUGCCAGCAACGGCCACCUCUUUCAGGGUAUCUACCAUCCCCCCUUCACCCUACUAAGCUCCGCGGUCGACUACUCGAGCACGCCUCAACUUGCGCUUUUGGGAGCCAUGGCCAUCGGUCUCGCAGCCAGCGCGCCAGGCUUCUGGGUUUUCGGCGAGGAGAAAUUGAUGUACUACCGUGAAACUGCUUCGGGCCACUCGCGCUCUGCAUAUUAUGUCGGCAAACUCUUGAGCACGCUCAUCCGCAUCGGUCUGAGUAGUCUACACUUCACCGUUUUCCUCGGCAUCCUCGCCACCCCACUCAUCAGCUUCUCGCACAUGUACGCCGCGAACCUCAUGUACUUCUGGUGUAUUUACGGCCUGGCUUCGGUCGUCAGUAUGCUCGUCAAGCGGGAAGACGGACCGUUGUUGGCUGUGCUGGCGAGCUUGGUGAUUGGGGUGCUGGGUGGUGUCAGCCCGCCAUUGAGCAAAGUGAAGAGUUGGCAUAUGGAGUGGUUCUGGAGGCUGAGCCCUGGUGUCUGGUUCACGGAGGCGUAUGUUACGGACAAUUGGAGCCCGAUGGCGUAUUUGUACCAGACGGACUUAGCGAGUCGUGCGAUAGGUUUUACGCUGGGGCAGUAUUCGUUGGAUAUUGGGCUGCUGUUUCUGAUUGGGGCGAUAUACCGGGUCAUCGCUUAUUUGGCACUUAUACUGGUGCAUAGGGAUAAGCAACGGUGA